AUGUCUUCAUCAAGAUUAAUUAAAUGUUUAAGUUCAAACAAUUAUAUUGUUAGAUCUUUCUCAAAAUCAUCAAUUCCAACCACACCAACACCAGAUUUUCCAGGUGAAUAUAAAGAACCAAUUGUAAAGACACAAAUCCCAGGUCCACAAUCUAAAGCUUUAAUUGAAAGAUUAAAUAAACUCCAAGAUCCAAGAGCUGCUCAUUUCUUUGCUGAUUAUGCAAAUUCAAGAGGUAAUUAUAUUUCAGAUGUUGAUGGUAAUAUUUUAUUAGAUUUAUAUUGUCAAAUUGCAUCAAUUCCAAUUGGUUAUAAUAAUCCAGAAUUAAUUAAAGCAGCAAAAUCUGAUAGAUGGGUAUCAGCAAUUAUUAAUCGUCCAUCAUUGGGUGUACUUCCACCAAAGGAUUGGCCAGCAUUAAUUGAGAAUUCAUUUAUGCAAGUAUCACCAAAAGGUUUGAAUCAAGUAUUCACAGCAAUGUGUGGAUCAUGUGCAAAUGAAUGUGCCUACAAAGCAGUUUUCAUGCAUUAUCAACAUGUUAAACGUGGUGGUAAACCAUUUACACCAGAGGAGUUAUCAUCAUGUAUGAAGAAUCAAGAGCCAGGUUCACCAUCACUUUCAAUUCUCUCCUUUAAGAAGGGUUUCCAUGGUCGUACUUUUGGUACACUCUCAACCACUCGUUCAAAGGCAAUUCAUAAACUCGAUAUUCCAGCUUUCGAUUGGCCAGCUGCAACCUUCCCAGAUCUUAAAUAUCCAUUGGCUGAACAUGCUAAAGAGAAUAGAGAAAUCGAAGAUAGAUGUUUACAAGAGGUUGAACAACUCAUUAAAACAUGGCAUAUCCCAGUCGCUGGUAUCAUCGUUGAACCAAUUCAAGCUGAAGGUGGUGAUAACUAUGCCACUCCUUACUUCUUCCAAGGCUUAAGAGAUAUCACCAAGAAACAUGGUGUCUCUAUGAUCGUCGAUGAAGUUCAAACUGGUAUGGGUGCCACUGGUAAAUUCUGGGCUCACGAACAUUGGAAUCUCACCUCUCCACCAGAUAUUGUCACCUUCUCAAAGAAGAUGCAAGCCGCUGGUUUCUAUCAUAAUUUGGAUUACCGUCCAUCCGAAUCCUAUCGUAACUUUAACACUUGGAUGGGUGAUCCAGUUAGAGCUCUCGAAUUAGAGGUUGUCAUUGGUGAAAUCAAAAAGAAUCAUCUCCUCGAUAAUGUUGUCAUCACUGGUAACUACCUCAAGGAUGGUCUCUUUGAUAUUGCCGCUCGUUAUCCAGGUUUAAUUCAAAAUAUUAGAGGUGAAGGUACUUUCUUGGCUAUUGAUUUCCCAACACCAGCUGAACGUGAUCGUGUCAUCUCUCACAUUCGUUUAUUAGGUGUUGAAAUGGGUGGUUGUGGUGAAAGAUCAAUUCGUUUCCGUCCAAUGUUAGUUUGUCAACCAUCUCACAUUAAUCAAUUCCUUAAUCGUUUCGAUCAAACAAUGAAAGAAUUAUAUAAAAAUUAA